AUUUAUAACUCCUAUAAAUCAUGGAAAGAUUUUAUUUAGUUGUCAAGUUCAUAAUUCUUAUAUACAAUAUAUUAGACUGUACGUGUAAAAACGUUUUGUUGAUAGUCGCUGAUGAUGCUGGUUUUGAGACACAAGUCUACAACAACAGUGUAUGUAAAACUCCUCAUCUAAACAAGCUCGGAUCUCAGAGCCUCAUUUUCACUCAUGCCUACACUUCAGUCAGCAGCUGCUCACCUAGCAGAUCCACUAUAUUAUCUGGACUACCCCAGCACCAGAAUGGAAUGUAUGGACUUCACCAAGAUGCCCACCAUUUCAUGUCAUUUGAUGGAGUCCGCAGUCUUCCAAACUUAUUACGUCAAUCAAAUAUUAAAACAGGAAUCAUUGGGAAAAAGCAUGUUGGACCAAAGUCUGUGUAUUCAUUUGACUUUGAAGAAACUGAAGAAAACAAUUCAAUUUUACAAGUUGGAAGAAACAUUACACACAUCAAACAGCUGGUGAACAAGUUUCUCUCCCUGUAUAGAAGCAGCCCCUUCUUCUUGUACAUUGGUUUCCACGACCCACACAGAUGUGGACACACCCAUCCUCAAUAUGGAGCCUUCUGUGAGAAGUUUGGGGAUAACUCUAGUGCUGAAAUGGGCCACAUACCUGACUGGAAUCCCAUUCAUUAUGAUUUUCGUUCCAUUAAGGUACCAUACUUCAUCCCAGACACACCUGCUGCUAGAAAAGAUAUUGCUGCUCAGUAUACCACCAUCAGCAGGCUAGAUCAAGGAAUAGGCCUAGUUCUAGGAGAGCUGGAGAGACAGGGGCUACUACAGGACACUCUAGUGAUUUACACCUCAGAUAAUGGUGUACCAUUCCCCAGUGGUAGAACCAAUCUGUAUGAGCCAGGGAUGUCUGAACCAUUUCUCUUGUCCUCUCCCUACCAUAAAUCUACCUGGGGAAAGAGAAGCAGAGCCAUGACAAGUUUACUGGAUAUUGUGCCAACAGUGCUAGAUUGGUUCAAAGUGCCAUACCCCCAGUACAAACUUUUGCAUCAUCCUGUACACCUGACUGGGAAAUCUCUUCUCCCACUUUUAGAUUCUGAUAAUACAGAAUCAUGGGAUACUGUGUAUGCAAGCCACAAUUUACAUGAAGUUACCAUGUAUUAUCCAAUGAGAGUGAUUCGAACGAAUCAGUAUAAACUAAUUUAUAAUUUAAAUUUUCGAAUGCCAUUUCCCAUUGAUCAAGAUUUUUAUGUUUCACCAACAUUUCAGGAUAUUCUAAAUCGCAGUAAAUCAGGAGACCCCACUCAUUGGUCAAAAUCUUUAUACAGCUAUUAUUAUCGUGAUGUAUGGGAGCUAUAUGACAUCAUCAAAGAUCCACAAGAAAAAGUGAAUCUCUGGGGAGAUCCUACACAUAAAAAAAUCCUGGAAGACUUGAAAAACAAACUGCACCAAUGGCAGAAUUUAACCUCUGACCCCUGGAUCUGUUCCCCAACAGGAGUGCUUGAGGACAAGGGACGGUAUCAGAGCAGUCCGCAGUGUUUGCCACUAUACAAUGGAUUAGAACCAGGAUAAAUCUUUAAAAAUCUCAAUACACUGAACUGCAUAAUAGAAUUAUUUGUAAAGCCUUGUAUAUUGUGUUAUUCAAAUGCAAGAUUGCUUGCUCAUUAUGUUUAAUAUAUUUUUAAUGUACGGAUGUUUUUUUAAUACAAG